AUGUCGUCGGCCGGGGAAGAGGACGGAACGUGUCGCGGGGUUAAACGACGGUUGGUGAGAUGGAUGUGGACGAUUUUUCCUCACGUCGUGCCCUUGGCUUCUCUCAUCGGAUACGCGUUAUUCGGUGCCUGGGUGUUUCACAAUAUCGAGGGGAAAGCGUCGAACGGAAGACGGGAUGAAGAUUACCGACGGUUCGUGCGUCAGGUCGUGGAGAUCGUGCGUAAUCGCUCCGCUCAGCCUGAGGAGGAUCUUCUGCCCACUGUGGAGAAGCAGAUCAUGAAUAACUACCAGGCUGUGUGGUCACAGAGCCCUCAACGGUGGGAUUUCUACGGCUCGCUCUUCUUCUGCUGCACCAUCUUCUCCACUGUGGGCUAUGGCGAGAUUUACCCAGUUACUCAGACUGGAAGGGCAGUCUCCAUCCUCUACGCCAUGGUGGGCAUCCCGCUCAUGCUGCUGGUCAUUACCGAUGUUGGUGACAUUCUGGCGAGGGUCGUCUCCAAUGCUUACCAAACCCUGCACUCCUCCUUCAAAAGGCUCCUUUCUCGAGUGCCGUGCCAAAAAAGUGGCAUAAUCCACGAUGUCACUUUUACCUUCAGCCAGGACUCGGAAGCGGGUAAACCGCUGGACAUCCACCAAGUGAUGCACUCCCAGUCAUCUGUUAAGAAUAAGUCCACCCAACUCGUCAACAACAUAAAGAUCUUUGAAAGCAUAAUCGCCAGGGAAAAGUUUGGCCAGGACGCGCCUUUGACACGCUCGUGCUCGUGCCCUGAACUCAAUCAGAUGCCUCCACCGCCUUUGGACUUUAGGAUCUUUGACUUCAGUUCCAUCGGCCAAGAGAUGGAGCGCUUUGACGUUCCGUUCCUGCUGAUCCUGUUUGUCGUUUUCGCAUACAUCCUGAGCUGGGCACUGAUCCUCCCACAGUGGGAGACUCACUUAACCAUCUUUGAGGCCUUCUACUUUUGCUUCAUCACCCUCACCACUAUUGGCCUGGGUGACAUUGUGCCAAAACACCCCAAGUUCUUCCUGCUGACCUUUUUCUUUAUAAUUACAGGCAUGGCCAUCAUGAGUAUGGCCUUCAAGCUGAGUCAGACACGCAUUAUUAGCUUUUACCACAAGUUCACUGGCUGCCUUAACUGUCUUGGUGUGGGAAAGACGACCAAGCAUGAGGUUCAGAAAGUCCAGCAGGAAGUAAAGGAGCAGCCUUUGCAGUACUUGUAG